ACCAAUUACCACUCCUACUUAGUUUCUCUGCAUGGAUGACAGACGAUCACCACAGUUCACUGUGAGGAGGAUGGCGGAGGAGCUGCAUCCAGCCGAGCACUGGUACAGGUGUAUCUCCAGUUGGCUUCCAUCUUGGUGCCCCACCUCCCUCUCUCAGCUAAAGGAUGCAGAGGACAAAAUGCUCAAGGCUGUGAAGACCCAAUUCUCCAGGCAAGAUGUCCCGAUAUCCAAUGGCAACUAUGUCUGGACCAUAGCAUUCAACGCCAAAGGAUAUCCCUCACUCCCCCCCCAGCCCCAGUCUAAGCCCCAGCCUCAUCCCUCUUCUCCCCAGCCCUCUCUCCAGCGCUGCCCCCGUCCUCCGCUAGUGCUGCUCCAUGGGUUUGGGGGUGGUGUGGGUCUGUGGGCUCAGAACCUGGACUCUUUGUGUGGCAGUGGAGCCGUGUAUGCCCUGGAUCUGCUGGGGUUCGGUCGUAGCAGCAGGCCCCUGUUCAGCGUGGACCCCAAGGGGGCAGAGGAGCAGUUCAUAGGGGCCCUGGAGGAGUGGAGAGACAGGGUGGGCCUGGAGGAAAUGAUCCUGCUGGGACACAACCUGGGAGGAUACCUGGCUGCUGCUUACACACUUAAACACCCACACAGGGUGAAACACCUGAUCCUGGUGGAGCCAUGGGGGUUCCCGGCCCGCCCAGAGAGCAUGGAUCAGGAGAAGUCUAUCCCAGUGUGGAUCAGAGCCAUGGGGGUCGUCAUGAGUCCCUUCAACCUCCUGGCUACACUAAGACUGGCUGGACCACUGGGUCCGAUGUUGGUCCAGACCAUCAGGUCAGAUUUUAAACAGAAGUACUCUUCAGUGUUUGAUGACAACACUGUAUCAGACUACAUCUACCAUCUCAAUGCACAGACACCCAGUGGUGAAGCAGCAUUUAAGAACAUGACGGUACCAUAUGGCUGGGCUAAGAGACCGAUGCUGGAUCGUAUCGUACACAUCCGACCCGACAUUCCCAUAUCCAUCAUCUAUGGAUCCCGAUCCAGCAUCGACAGUGACUCGGGAUACACUCUCCAGAAAACCAGACUGGAUGUGGACAUCAUGGUGAUAAGGGGAGGAGGUCACUAUGUAUUUGCUGACCAGCCAGAUGACUUCAAUCAGAACAUUCUUCACAUCCUAGCCAGGAUGGACGGAGUGAAGGAUGAGAGGAGGGAGAGAAGGAUGAGAGGAGGGAGAGAAGGAUGAGAGGAGGGAGAGAAGGAUGAGAGGAGGGAGAGAAGGAUGAG